CACGAGAGAGCAAAACUUGUGUUUUCAUUUGACGGUUUGCAGUACAUCCGGAAAAAAACUCUCCUAAAAUGGACAAAAGCGUUGGGAUUUUGGUGAUCAUGUUCAUCGUGGCGGUUAGCGGGCAAGAAUAUGUUCUAACGAUGAAACAAGAGGUGCAGUAUGCAGAAGAGCAUGACACGUCCGCCAGUGAUAAAGUGGCUAGGAUGAUCCACCAACUUGCCAGCGGUAUCCAAGAGAUCCAAAAGUUGUCGACCGUAGAUCAAGCUCCCAACUUCCCCUGUAUGUGGUGUGAGCAGCUGAUGACCAUGGCGCAUGGCAUGGCCGUCGACAAGGGAUUGUUGGACCUAGUGCAGACGUUCAUGAGGCAGUACGCCUGCACCUACUUGGUCCCUGCGGGUUACAAGGCUGAAUGCAACGCCUACGUGGACGCAAUCCCAGACCUCAUCAUAGCAUUCGCCAACACCUAUUUGAAUCCCAACAACUGCGUACUUCUCUGCCAGUCCUCGGAAGUGAACCAGCAGCUGAACGUCUUGGGCAACAUUGUCAACAAGAUGGGCGGAGCUUCUUAGGAAGGCCUCCAAGAAACCCGUCCCUCCUUGUAGGAGAAUCUGGAUGCAUUCCUUGCACUAGCUUGCUUUUUGUUUGUUCAAAUAUUCCAGUUUAAAUAACAAUGUAAUGGCGAAUUACCUUAGUC